GUCAGUUCCUUUCGAUGACAGAGAGCGAAACAAACAUGGCGACGGAGUGGAGUGGACGCGGCUUCAUGAGAACUUUACUGCUCUUUUGCUGCCUUAUGGCGAGCGGAAGGGCCCAGCCGGCGCUCACGGAGCCGCGGGCAGCAACGCGGAUACUCGGCAUGAGGCUGGAGAGGAGCGACACGCCGGCCGAGACGACCCAACGGGGGAUUAUCCAGGUGACCGAGGGCAGCGACAUCCUCUUCAGGUUCUAUGGGCUCCACUUGUUCCCCAACAGCUCGGCGCUCAUCAGGUUCACGGAACUUUACUCCGGUUACCAGGAGGACGACGACUAUGGCGCCAUCGUGGUGCCGAACCGGACUUGUCACGAGGACACCAAAGACCUGGUCGUGAAGGGCUCCAUGAGCGUGAGUAAUCACAACACCAGCGGGUUGCUGAACGUCGUCGUCAAGCAGCUCCGCAAAAGUGAGGUGGUCAAGGUGUUCGCUCUGUGCGUCCGUGACCCUCUUGGCCCGCUGGAGACCUGGUCCCUACUGGACGACCAGGACGGCCGAGUACGAGUGGUGGAGGUGAAGAAGUCCUUACUGCCCAUCUGGCUGCAGGUCAUUCUCAUCUCCUUCCUGCUGGUGCUGUCCGGCAUGUUCAGCGGACUCAACCUGGGUCUCAUGGCGCUGGACCCCAUGGAACUGCGCAUUGUGCAGAGCUGUGGCACAGAGAAGGAGAAGAAGUACGCUCGCAAGAUAGAGCCCAUCCGGCGGAAGGGCAACUACCUGCUGUGCUCACUGCUGCUGGGCAACGUCCUGGUCAACACCACCCUCACCAUCCUCUUGGAUGACCUCACCAAGUCCGGGGUGGGCGCCGUGAUCGCCUCCACCGUGGGCAUCGUCAUCUUUGGAGAGAUCGUGCCCCAGGCGCUGUGCUCUCGGCACGGCCUGGCCGUGGGCGCCAACACCAUCCUGGUCACCAAGCUCUUCAUGCUCCUCACCUUCCCGCUCUCCUGGCCCAUCAGCAAGAUCCUGGACUGCGUCCUGGGGCAGGAGAUCGGCACCGUGUACAACCGGGAGAAGCUGGUGGAGAUGCUAAAGGUCACGGAGCCCUACAACGACCUGGUGAAGGAGGAGCUCAACAUGAUCCAGGGCGCCCUGGAGCUCCGGACCAAGACUGUGGAGGACGUGAUGACGGCGCUCAGCAACUGCUUCAUGAUCCACAGCGACGCUGUGCUGGACUUCAACACCAUGUCCGAGAUCAUGGAGAGCGGCUACACCAGGAUCCCCGUGUACGAGGGCGAACGCUCCAACAUCGUGGACAUCCUCUUUGUUAAGGACCUGGCCUUCGUCGACCCGGAUGACUGCACCACACUGAAGACCAUCACCAAGUUCUACAACCACCCGGUGCACUUUGUCUUCCACGACACCAAGCUGGACUCCAUGCUGGAGGAGUUCAAGAAAGGGAAGUCCCACCUGGCCAUCGUGCAGAAGGUGAACAACGAGGGCGAGGGGGAUCCUUUCUACGAGGUGCUGGGCUUGGUCACCCUGGAGGACGUGAUCGAGGAGAUCAUCAAAUCAGAGAUUCUGGAUGAAUCGGACCAAUACACUGACAACCGCACGAGGAAGAAGGUGGCCCCCAACAAGAACAAGAGGGACUUCUCGGCCUUCAAGCACGAGAGCGAAUCCAAAGUCAAGGUCUCCCCUCAGCUGCUGCUGGCCGCCCAUCGCUUCCUGGCUACAGAGGUGACCCUCUUCAACCCGACACAGAUCUCCGACAAAGUCCUGCUGCGAAUCCUCCGCCAUCCUGACGUGAUCCAGGAAAUCAAGUUCAACGAGAAUGAAAAGCGCUCACCACAUCACUACAUCUACCAAAGGGGCAAGCCGGUGGACUACUUCAUCCUCAUCUUGCAGGGUCGAGUGGAGGUGGAGGCCGGCAACGAGAACAUGAAGUUUGAGACGGGCCCUUUCUCCUACUACGGCGUCAUGUCGCUGAGCGCUCCCAUGCUGGCGGCUGCACCCCGUCCUCGCCUCGUCUCCUUUAAGAGGUUUUCUCUGUUCUCUCAGCUGCCAGAGUUCCGCUCACCGUCCCACAUCAGCGGCCUGAACCGCACGUCCUCGCUGAGCGGCGCCGACCGCACCGAGUCGCUGUCGGUGGGCGGCAGCAACAGUCAACUCAACUGCAGCCUUCCCUCGCAGCAGUACACGCCCGACUUCUACGUGCGUGCCCUCACCGACCUGCAGUACGUCAAGAUCACGCGCUCGCAGUACCAGAACGGCCUGAUGGCGUCCCGCCUGGACAGCACGCCGCAGUCACCCGAGAGCGUCCACCAGCUGGCCCGCGUGGCGCUGACCAUGCCCUCCAACAACACCCUCGCCGACCUGGGCUCGGACCCCGCCCCCACAGAGAACGGGCCAGACGAGACCACGCUGCUGCUGCUGCUCAACGAGCAGAACUCGCCGCACGGCGUCAACCACCACGGCCCGCUGGACAACAACGUGUAGGGUGCCUCGCACCACCCCCCCACCCGCGGCCGCCACCCCACCCUGACCCGCGCACGUUUGCACGCAUGCACUAUGAUUGGAUGUUUGUCGGGAAGGGGAGGAGUCUGUUUGUGUGCGUAUGUGUGACAUGCCAAAGUGCACAAAGCCCGCCUUCGUUUUAGUGUUGGUUCCCCUUUUCUGAUUGGACCACAAAGGUCCUCCCCUUCCCGCCCCCCUCAGAACCUCCCCCUCUUGCACGUCAUGCCGCCUCUUCACUUUCCCGAACGACGAGACUCAGGGAGACUCCGCCCCCUCUUAACACCCCGCCCCCCCAUCCACACGACCACGAUUCUUUCAAUCAAAAGAAUGGGAUAUUGCGUCAAGAUUUAUUGUUGGUGACAAUCAGUGCGAUGAUGAAUGUAGCGUUUGGCUAGGAACCAAAAUAGGGAAACUUCGCUUUAACGGAUCGCAAACUUUAUUUAUUUCCUGCAAAGAUUACGGGGCCACACUAGGGUGGAUUACAAAAGAAAAGAUUUUAGUGGUAAUAUUGCAAUACCAAAUACCUACUGAAGGUUUUCCAAGAGCAAAGACGUAAUAUUAAGAUGAAAAUGUCACAAUGUGACACAAACAUUAUUCACAAUGUGAAUAAUGAUGACUUUUUUCCUGCAAUGUUUCAACGUCAUACAGUUAAUAGCUCCUUGCGUUACCUUUCCAUGUCGCAACAUUUGACAUUUAUUCUAUAAUAACACCACUGAAAAGGACCGCUUUGGACAGGAACGCCAACCACUCGGCCACAGUGCGGCACACACUCACUCACUUUGCCCCCGCUGUGAUGUUUAAAAUUACGACUAUUCUCCAUAUUUGGCAUUUAUUUGCACGAUUUAUUCUGGCAAUAUUGUGGCGUGGAUUACGUUUGAUUUGUCGUCAUGACAAUGGGCCGUGUUUCCAUAAUAUUUCAGCGUAAUUCCUUGUCGUAUGAGCAUCUUAUUGUGAUUUCGAUUCCUGCAAUGUUUCUACUUUAUUCUUGUAAAAUGGCAACUUUUGGCCUAAUUCCGUGAAGUUGCACCAUGUUUAUUUUCCUCAUAUUUGGACUUGGACCAACUUUUCCCCGCCUCUGCGAUAUUAGGUUCGCAUUCUUUAAUCAAAAUAGUGCCUUUCUUGUGGUGAAAUGUGGCGUUUAUUCUUGCGGUAUUGCCACAUUCUGUUCUUUUCUUCUCCUUCGGGUGUGGCCCUGGUCGUCUACAAGUGAGGGCGAUAUAAGGUUCAUUUUUUGGGCUUUUUUGGUGGUUGAAAUGUGAGACAAGUGCAGACACUCCAGUUUUUUGGUUUGACCGUAGCGUCUGAACGGAACCCAAAAACCAACAUGAUGUCAACUACUAGAUUGUUCUUUCUUUCUUUGCUUUCAACUGUAAUUCCUAAAAAAUAAUAUUCAUGUGAAUAACGAUGAUAAUAAUAGCUUCCUUUGGUGAAACACUGACGACAGAAGAAGGCUGCUGCUGUAUUGGUUUUUUUGUUGUUUGGACGUCUGCUCACAGGGCAUUGUGGUAUUCUUUAGGGUUGUAGCGGUGCGCCACUUCAGUUUACUGUGAAUGACUUCUUUUAUGACUCGUUUUAUUAUUUUAAUGCCGACUCCAGCAUCACUUUGUUGUGGCAAAGGGACUGAAUGAACCGUACAUUAACAAUUGCAGUAGUAUCUAUGAAUAUGCAGUACUGUGCAAAAGUCCUCAGGUGGAGACAUUGUGGUGGGGUGCCCCCCCCCCCCCCCCCCCAUCCUGGUACACCACAUGGUGGCACCCUAAACACCGUUCACGCAGCUCUGCAAAACACCCACUGUAAAUUUGAGCAAGAUUGGUCAAAAAAGACAUGGCCGCCAUCUAGCAAGUCUCCAGUCAUUAGGAUGGUCACAAGUCAUUGACUGUCAAAGAAUAGUGGAACAUCGAGGACAUCGGUCUAACAUGUAUGCUGGCAUGUCUCCCAAAGCUGUCAUUUAGACAUGAACUGCUGAGACCAUUUGCACUCUGUUGCUAACCAAAACAGCAGCGCCCAGUGUGGUGUCUGUUUUUCUCCUUCCCUUUGGCAUCAAAUGGAGAAAUAGAAUAUACAGUCACCCCUCGCUCUAUCGCAGUUUACCGUCUUUUAUUUGUUUUUUUUAAAUGCAUACUUUUAAAGCACAUAAUGGGCUAAGUUAACCACCUAAAUGAACUACAAUACGGGGCAGAAGAAGCAUUCUAAUUGAGACUGUAGUAUUCUACAUUGGCCGCUCGGUGAGACAGGCACCGGACUCGUCACUCAGGUCCCUGAAGGAACACAUUUACUGUGACGCACACCAGCAGGAGUUUAAAUGGAUGCUGUCCAUAUAAAAUAACAAGGACCUGCUGGAGUACGAGUUCAGUCUGUCUUAUUUUCUCUGACUAUAUCUACUAUUAAAGAGUAAAAGGAGUGUAAUGAUGACUAUAGGGUUGUUAUUUCAUGUCUUCACGGCUCUAAUAAUGUUUUAAAAAGACCGUAAACAGGUUUUCUAUGCCGUGACUACAAAAAUAUUCCAUGUAUUGAUUAAAGUUCACCUCUCAUGGCCUGGAACCAAUCAACCACCAUAAACGAGAGACAGCUGUACCGCUCAUAUCGUUUAAUAUUAUCGCAAAAACAAAAGAGGCCAAGGAAGACUAUGGGAGUGUUAGUUCACCUCUAGAGGUUUCUGAUUAUGUUAAAAAAGCAGAAUUAGAAGGUUGUAAACAGGUUUUAUGUCAGGGGCCUCUAAUGAUGGUAAAAACUCUAUUUACAGUCAUAACCGGUUUUUCUAUGUCCCCCCGCCCCCAUGGAAUCGUAAUGAUACCGCCCGUCCGUCUGUGAACCAGGAAGUAGCCUGCUAGCAAGCAAGCAACUACGUACACAAAACUACUUUUGUGACUUUGGCACAGUACUGUUUGCCAGUAUAUACAUCUUUGCCAAAGAGUCGUAGGACGUUGUCGUUUUAUUUGGAAUGUUUAAGCAAUGUAGGUCUCACGUGGCUAACCUGGAAUCUCUCAAGGCAAUAUUACGUCAAUUUACGACUUAAGUCUUGAAAAUCUAGGAUUUUAUUGUCGUGAAUUUCUCGUAAACUUAUGAAUAUAUGCCAGGAAAUUUACGACUUCAUUCUUGAAAAUGUAGGAUUUUAUUGUCGUAAAUUUCUCAUCAAUUUAUGAAUUUAUGAUAGAAAAUUUACGACUUUAUUCUUGAAAAGUUGGGAUUUUGUUGUCGUAAAUUUCUCGUAAAUUUAUGAAUUUAUGCUAGGAAAUUUACGACUUCAUUCUUGAAAAUGUACAGUUUUAUUCAGUCUGUUGAAUGGUUACGACAAAGCAUUGAAAUUAUCUGAUAUUUUGCCAAAGCCGUCGUACAUUUUCAAGAAUAAAGUUGGAAAUUUGCAACAAAAAAAGUUGACUUUAUUCUUUAAAAUGUAUGAUUAUAUUCUCCCAAAUUUACAACUUUUUUUUCUCGUCAAUUUGACUUUAUUCUCAUAAAUGUAAAACUUUAUUCUUGUAACUUUAUGACCUUAUUUUUGUACGUUUCCGACUGCAUUCUCAUAAAAUUAUGACUUUUUUGUCGAAAAUCACAACAUAAUUUUAAUACAUUUGCCCGAGAAAAGGGGGGGCUUAUAUAGGUAUUUUUUGUCAUAAAUAUAAUACUAUAUUUGUUGUGAAUGUACAAAGUUUUUCUCAUAAAUUUACAGCUUUAUUGUCUUUUUUCUUGUCGAUUCACAACUUCAUGCGCAACCUUUUAUAUAAUAAUCUGAUAUUUUGAAAAUAAAGUUGUAAAAGUAUUACUUUUUAUAUAAGAAUCUGAGAUUUUGAGAAUGACAUCGUGAAUUUAUGAGAAAAAAGUUCAUUUACAAGAAAAAAUUGUAAAUUUGCACAUUUACAAGAAGAAAGUCAAAUUUACGAGAAAAAAACCUUAAAUUCCAAACCAAAACUCUUUUUGCUAUAAUCUGAGAUUUCUACAAUAAAGUCAUACGUUUGAGGGGAAAAAGACUUUAUUCUCAAAAUCUGAUAUUUUUUUCAAUAUUGCUCUAAUAAUUUGUCAUAGAUUUGUGCUUCAGCUGGACACUAAAAUUACCACACAUGCGCACUCGGAGUACUGCACAGAUUUACUACAUGAACUGCAUUUUCGCCGCUGGGAAUAUGAAAAUAGCCUCUUUUGUGGUUAUUAAAGGAAGCACUUUAUUAACAAUCAGGAAAGCAGUAUUCCUCUUUACACCCGAAAAAAAAAGCCACAAAUAUGCCAAAGUUUUUAUGUUGCAAUAAAAAAAAAAUACCCUUGACGAUUUCAUCACCAUUUCAAAAUGUUCUUUUCUUUUUUUAAGUAAUCAUCAUUGUGUUGCCUUCACUGUCUCUCUGUAAUUUUGCUUUCAAUGAAAUCAAACCGGGUUUUUCUGGGUUUUUGUUACGAGUGCCUGCGAUGUUUUUGUACCUCAGAAAGCAAACCAACAAGCAACAGAGUUGAUGAUGAUCGUUUGUUGGCGACUAUCUUCUGUUUUUUUUUCUUGUUGUUUUUGUUGUCAUCCGGGAACAGUGGGAAUGCUGAGCUUUCAAAAAAACAAAAAAAGGUUGUCCUUCAUUCCCGACAGUGCGCUUAAAGAGAAAUCCCCAAAUGAAAGGUGUAAAUAGUGUUUUAUAAUUUCUUGUCUUAAUGAGUUUUGAUGAUGACGAUGAAUGUUAUUAUUAAUAAAUUUGAGAUCUAUUUCUCUAUGACAAA